AUGUUGAAAUCAAGUUGGGCAUAUACUUUAAAACGUGACGAACUAUCGUCUUAUUUAAAUGAAUUUAAAUUAGAUACCGUCGGAACGGUCGAAGAACUCAGAAAGAGAUUAGCGAAAUUUAUUAGCGCCGAACACGACGAAGAUAAAACUAAACGAUUAUUAGAGAUACAAUUAACACAUGAGCAAAAUUCAUUAGCGUUACCUGGUUCGAGAAACGGUACCACCCCUUCACCUGUUAAAAUAGAAUUAAAUCAUCCGGUUAGUCAACCAUCAGUAGCAGUGUCGGUUCCAGCUUGUGACACAGAUAACAUCAAAACAAAUUUAAUUGAAUAUGUAAGAAAAUGGGGACUUUCGUAUGAUGGAGGACGGGAGCCUUUAGCAUUCAUCGAACGAAUAGAAGAAUUAGCCGAAAUUUAUAACGUACCUUUAAAUCAAUUUCCACGAAUUAUGCCUGAAUUUUUACGUGAUAGAGCACUUAUCUGGUUUAGAAAUAACAAUGGACACUGGCAAGUAUGGAGAUCAUUUAAAUCCGAUUUUUUAUCAUUUUUUCUACCUUCGAGAUAUUUUGAGAAAUUAGAAGAUGAAAUCCGUAAAAGAAUUCAACGUCCAAGAGAAGUUUUUAAAAAUUAUGUUUUAUCAAUUCAAAAUUUAAUGCGCCAUUCUAACUUAUCAGAAGAACAAAAGUUGCAGCGAAUAUUUCAAAAUGCUCUUCCAGACUAUCAGUGGUAUAUUAAACGAAAAGAUUUCUCAUCCUUAGCUGAAUUAAUAACAUUAGCUGAAGAUUUAGAAAGCAUUCCAUCAACACAUUCACAAACUCGCGUAGAAAACCCACGUGCUUUAGCCAGUACCACAAUAGGCCCAGAAAAUAAUUGCUAUCGUUGCGGUAACCCUGGACAUUAUGCAGCAAGUUGCUCUAGUAAUUAUAAUAACCGCUCGGGAAAUGCUUCUGGAGGUCGUCGGAACUGAGGGACGACGAGCCUCCGAAAACGCAACCCUCAAAUAAUAAUACUAGUUUACAAAGUGAAGAUUCGCGUUUAACCGCCUCAAUACUAUUAUGUGGAAAAAUCGUCAAAGCAACUAUUGAUACCGGAGCGAGUAGAAAUUUUAUCCAAGAAGAUUUUGUGAAAACGCUUAGCAAAAAUCCAACGUAUUUAAAUGAAGACAUCGAUGUAAUAUUGGCAGAUGGCUCUGCCAGAUCCUUAUCACGAGCCGUAGAAUUUAAUGUGGUACUAGGAAAUAUUUCAAAAACUUGUAAUUUUCUAGU